AAGAAGGGAGGUUUUGGAAAAGAAAACAUACUGUGGCCCCCAGGCUCCGCUGCUGGCUUGACCUUGACCUUGACCCAAAUAUAAAAUGGGGGAGGCUUUUUCAGCUCAUAAAUAAGGGCUGAAAAACUCGGCUUAUCUUCGAGUAUAUACGGGUACAUGCUUGUGGCCACUUGUUUGAAUGGAGGAUCUCAUGAUGGAACGAAAUGCAUUUGCCGUGAUAAUUUAUUCUAUGGGCCAAAGUGUGAGUUUCCUGUGGAAGAUAUUCCUUUGAAAGUAGAAACUGUGCCUGUGACAGUUGAGGCCAAUGUAAAGAUCACUAACAAGAACUUAACUUCUGCCCUCAAAAACAAAAGCUCGGAAGAAUACAAGAUUCUGGAGAAAGAUUUUAAGAAAGAGAUGAAUUUUUUUUAUAAAGAUGUUCCUGGAUAUCGUGAUGUGGAGAUUCUCAAUUUGAUGUCUGGUAGUAUCAUUGUGAACCACAAAGUCAUCAUUGAGGCCAUAAUCAAUAACAAUAUCAACAACAUCGAUGAAGUUCUUCAGACUGUGACAGAGGCUGUGUGGCAGUCAGCAGUUGCCAUCAACUCUUCUCAAGAGAACUGUACCAGAGAUAAUGCAACAUUUUGUUUUUCUGCCAAACCAGAAGAUUUUGGCAAUGCAGCCACAAACUUUUCAGCAGAAGAGCUUUGCAAAGCAACCAUUGGUCAUCAAUAUAGUGCCUACUAUUAUGCCAACACAACAACAGGCAUCUUACAGUGUAUGUCUAAUUGCUCCAAGGACAGCUCAUUUGCCAUCAACUGCUACUAUGGAGUUUGUCAACUCUCUGAAAGUGGUCCCCAGUGCAACUGCAAUGAUAUGGACGCAUUUUGGUACACAAGCAGUCACUGUCAAACACGAAUCCAGAAAAAAGACUUUGGCCUUGCUUUUGCACUGGCUGCCGUUGUGCUGAUCAGCACCAUCCUGGCCAUCUUCCUCUUCAGGGCCAAACGGAGGAAGUCUGCAUCUACUAGUGAGUCUGAUAAAGAUGCAAUCUGGUGCGAAGAUGAUGAGGAGGCAACAUGGGUCCCCCCUGGAGGUAUAAGCAUCAUAAAUGAAGCAGCCUGGGAUGGAAGCCACAAGAUAAGCAAGGUUUUCCAACCUUCACUUGAAAAAAUUGAUACCUCACUAAAGCUACAGUUCCCGAAGCCAGCAGCAGUAACUCCACCAUCCAGGACCCCAUUCUAGACACUUCUUUUGGUUGGCUGAAAUAUACAUUGGAUUCUGAUGCACUCUAAAAAGAAAUUGUCUGGCUUGAAGACUGGUGGGGAUGAUAGGAUUAAUCUCAACUAUUUUCUUUUGAUUCCUCUGGGACAUCUUUGCUAGACAAAACAAAUCACUAGUCUGUUAACAAGAUAUUGAACUAAUAAAAUCUAUGGAAAUUUAUAUAAACACAAUCCAUGCCUUCUCUGCUUUUUCAUCAAUGCUCUGCCUCUCACAACUCAAUUACAGUAGAGUUCCGGUUAUCCGACUUAAACGAGUGGGCCGAAUGUUGGAUAACCGGAUGUGUUGGGAGGCCUGGAUAAUAUGGAGUGUCAGAUAAGCGGAAGUUGGAUAACCAGAACUCUACUGCAGUAACUUUUAUCACAUUUCUUUACUCUGCCUUGUUCUUCGUAGCACAAAUGGCAUAUGUCCUCCAUUUAUUGUUUUCUUUCUUUCUUCUCAUGUUCUACUUCAUUUGUUUGAAAGGUUAAUUCAAAUUAUCAACGUGAAAAUUAAUCAGCUAAUUAGGCAAACAUCAAUUCAUGAGUGUGAUUUUUAAAAAGUUUGAAACAGGCAAGUAUCUGAUGCCUCAUUAGGCAAUGUACAGUUGAAUCACCUUGAUUUUGUCACAGAACCAAAUAAUGCUCUCAGGGUCUUAUUUGCGCAUUGUUGUUAAUAAACUCAAUAAAAGGAAACGAUUCCUCAGUAAACAA